AUGCGACUCCGCACUUGUAUUGAAAAUAAAAAAGUACUGUACUCAAUCGAUUGUGGUUGCACGGAGCGUCCUGCUUUGAAGUCACCAUCACUGUAUCUACAUUGCAAUAAAUAUUUUCACAACUUGAAUAAACACCGACCCAGUUGUCACCAAAUAUUGAGAAUUACUAGCCCUGUACAACUUCACAUUUUCUUACCUUUGCCAAAAUUUCUGUACAAAAGCUUUCUGUCGGUCUACUACUUUCCAAAGCAACGAAGGAAAAAAACUCUUUCCGGAAGUGGAAAUUUCCUUGAAGAAUUCACUUGCAUCAAAUUAGAUGUGUCUUGCCGACUAACUACAUUCUGUACAAUAUCAGCAGCUUAUGCGGAGAAAAGCAAGCACUCACGUGUGAGACUGAGAUAUUUUCGCGAGUAGUGGAAAAGCAGCAGUUCGAGCUGCAUAAGAUCCUUUCUGCAUAAGCGGCGCCGGUAACGCAGAUCGGCAUAAUAUCGCGGCGUUAUUUUUUUUUGUUUUAGUUUUGUGUCGAAAAGGAACAGCAGCAGGGUGAAGAGAAAGACGUCGGUUGUUCUGCAUUUUUUCUUCAUCAGCUUCAUCUACUACUUUUCCCUGCUUCCCGUAGUACCGGCCUUUUUCAUCGUCGGAGUCGCCGUCGCCUUUUUUGCCCCCGCCGGCGCCGGAGAACAUCGCUUUUUUUCCCUUGUACGACUUGUUCAUCUCCCCGUCGCUUCCUCGGUGGUUUUCUUCAUUAUCUUCACCACCUUUUUUUCCUUGUUCGAAUUUACCACCCUUACCUUUUCCUCCCAGGACCCCCUGGACCCGGACCCCGCUUCCUCGGCAAGUUUUGGUGGGCCGCGGGUAGUAGAGGAAGUACUUUUUCCCGGGUGGACCUGGACCGGACUCGGACUGUGAGGAGCAAAUUGAAGCAUUCCUUCGUGGUUUUUUGUCAUGCACGCAAAACGAUGAUCUUGUACACGCCGUAGUAGUACCCCUUCGAACAUUCCUCCCGGAUGAACGUCGCAGGCAGGACGGCUUCUUGGUACGCCUUCCGCACCGUCUCGCGAUCGUUCGGUUCGAAGUCUUCCACUAAGGGGGGCCUGUCAUGGAAGGAUCAGGUUUGAAAUCGUCAAAGUUGAAAUAAUUUGUAAUGCAUAAAAUGCAUGACCCGAGGCACGUGUGUUGCAGAGCAGGCAAGUGAGGCCGAUUGUGAGCCUGUUUGGGGUUACAGGUCGAGCUGCUAAAGUAGCAUGAGAAAAUCCAAAUCGCUCUUCUUCGACUCGGGUUCCGAGGAACAGCAGCAGGGUGAAGAGAAAGACGUCGGUUGUUUUGCACCACCAAGCAUGACAGAUUUUUCCGUGGCCUUGUGCAGUUGCGUUUUUCGCAUGAGAAACAGCGUUGCUGCAUGACAGACAAAUAGAGCUAUUGCUGGUCACGCAAUAGUACAGAGCUCAGCGUCAUGCCAGACUAUCAUGACAAAUCUCGCAUUUUUCCUGACCCAGAUCGAUAUUUGCAAUGCAUACCAAUGUGAACUUAAUCGGACCGAAGGAUAACAAGUUCGCGUUUUUUGAGAACAGCUACAACAGGUACAGCUCUACUACAGUGUGUUUUUGUCUUGCAUAUUAGAUGUCAUAGACAACUCUUUCAGCAUCAGCUACAACAACAUAUACAAACUAAGUACCGUGUGUGGUGGUGGUGGUAGCGCUACUAGCACGAGUGAAGAUAGUUUGCAUUUUGAUAAAGAAAAAUUUUCUCGAAGUUACACCACGCGCAGAUAAUGUGUAGCACUGUUUAUAAGAUGUGUAGCACUUCUGAUGAGUUUUCUGCUUGGCGCAACUAAACUACUACAACUACGCACUACUGAAAAAAUAAGCCCGUAGCUGCUCUAAGAAACUAAGCUUGGCUACGGCACGAAGAUAAUACGACACUGCUAGCGAUUCGUGAAAAACCGCACUGAUUUUUCCCCUUGUAGUUGUCAAAAUCCA